GGGACCUGUCCAGAGACCAGGGACCAGAGUCCAGAGACCAGGGACCAGAGUCCAGGGACCAGGGACCAGAGUCCAGGGACCAGAGUCCAGGGACCAGAGUCCAGGGACCAGAGUCCAGGGACCAGGGACCUGUCCAGAGACCAGGGACCAGAGUCCAGCGACCAGAGGCUAGACCAGCGUCCAGGGACCAGAGACCUGUCUAGAGAUCAGUCCAGGGGCCAGAGUCCAGACUGGAGGAUGGUUUAGAAUCCAGAAAAUCUAAACUGAACUAGGACUAAACAACAUUUGACCCAGGACUGCAUCAGGGCCAGAGGAGUGACGUCAUCGGGGGCUGGGCCAUGCACCUGUCCAUCAUCCUUCUCCUUGGCCUCCCAUUGGCUGAAGGCUGGUGGGUGGGGCUAGAGCAGCUGACCUAUGAAGAGGCCCGAGCCGCCUGUUUCCACGGUGACCUGGCCACCUUCUCCACCAAUCAGGAGCUGAGUGAGCUGCUACGGACCAAUCAGGAGCUGAGGACGGCUCUGACCUAUCACAGUGCAGCGUUCUUCUGGAUCGGACUUGAGAAACCCAAAAAUCUGUGUGUGGUCCCGGAUCUGGACCAGAGGGGGUUCAGAUUUGUCGACGGGAGGAUGGACUCCGAGCUGAGCACCUGGAGGGAGGAGCCUCGAGACACCUGCACCAACGUCAGGUGUGGAGCUGUGGCUCUGGGCUCUGGGUCCUGGGGUCUGGUUUCCCAGAGCUGCAGAAACAAGAACCACUUCAUCUGUGGACCUCCAGAUUCCAAGUCCAGACCCGGGACCGGGCCAAGUCCUGGGCCACCAGAACAAGAGUCUACACCGUCAUAUUCGACUGUUUCAGACCCAAUCAGAGGCCAGACCGGACCUGGUCCCAGACCUGGUCCCAGACCUGGUCCCAGACCUGGUCCCAGACCUGGUCCCAGACCUGGUCCCAGUCCUGGUCCCAGUCCUGGUCCCAGUCCUGGUCCCAGUCCUGGUCCCAGUCCUGGUCCUGAGACCUGGUCUGGGGCUGUGGACCACAAACUGUCCUCAGAACCAGAGCAAACUGGACCCAGUCUGAGACUUGAUCCAUCUCUGGCCUCUGAGUCGGAUCAGAGUCCGGACCAGAGUCCGGACCAAGACCCUGGUCCUGGUCCCUGUCCCCUCCCUCAGGUCCCCAGGUCUCGUGCUCUGUCUUUGGACGACUCGGAGCCGGACAAAGUCUCUGUGGAAUGUUGGUCUGGAGAAGUUCUUCUACUACAGUGUGUCCAGGGAAUAUGGACCUGGACCGGACCAGAUCCAAGUCCAGACCCGAGUCCAGACCCGUCGGGCCGUUGGGGUCUGGCUCUGAACCGGUCCAAGUCUCCGCUCGGGGACCCGGAGGUCGUGGGGUGCUCGGACUGUGGCCCCGGUCUCAGGUUCAGGGGGGGUCAGUGUGAAGACAUCGACGAGUGCGUGCUAAGCCCCGCCCCCUGUGCGCACGGCUGCGUGAACACUCACGGCUCCUUCACGUGCACGCCUGUGCCAUACACACAUGCCCUCAUGCACGCGCUCAUCGCUGUUGCCGCAGUAACGCUGGCUGUGCUUGCCGCCGUAACCAUCUGCUGCUGCCUCCGAAGGAAGAGACGGGACCAGAAACCGGACCAGGAUCUGACCCAGGAUCUGAACCAGACCGAGGCCUGAC